UCAUAUACUUUAUACAUGUCCAUACUUGAUGAUAUGAAAAUGAUCAACACGUGAAAUCCCUUCCUUCCUCUGUAGUCCACCGAAGCCUCCUCCUCUCCGAAGCCUCACACAUCCACCACUACGCCUCCAGCCUCUGCUCGAUGAGGCUCGUCUCACUGCAGCCAUCUCUAAAAAAACUCGAUCCUCCAGCCUCUGCUUGGUUUUCUCUCCUCUCUAAUCUCCGAUCCUUCAAUUUCUUCAGGAUCUAGGGUUUCUCUCGCUUCCUCACCCCUUCGAAAAUCAAUCCAACAAUCCUAAAAACCAGAAGACAGACCGGCUCCCAGGUUCCUCCUCCUUCGUCAUGGAUUGAAGCCGACUUUCAUUCACCAGGUUCUCUCUCUCAAGUUUGGCUUCUUCAUGCUCCUCUCCGUUAGGCCUCUACCAGCUAAUUGAGAAUGUAGUAUUAUUUCUAGUUUGAGCAAAGAAUGUUAUUUUCAUUGAAACAAAGACUCUAUGUCUGGAUGAGAUUGGCUCAUGUUGCUGAGGUGAUGCGGCGUCUGAGCUUGGUGGUGGCGACAAGUCUGGUGUCUCAAGGUGCAGCAGUGGUCUGGUUUUGCCGAUAUGAGAAAGUGUUCUGCUUUCGUUAGAGGCAGUGAGGCAUGAGUAAAGGCCCUUUACUCUUCUCAUAUGGGUGUAAUCAGAUGAAAAAUAAUCUACUUUGCAUUUUAUAAAAUCCCCUACGUGUCUCAUUCUAAAUGGGGGCUGUUAAACCCAUAAGAACAGUCGGGCUGUUCCGAAGAGGAACUGUAAAAUAUAUUACGAAGAAAAAUUCUAAACAUAAAUCUCACACUCAGCAUAUUCAUUUAAAAAUAUAUUAUUUUACUUUUUUAACCACGUAAUGAAAAUGAUUAUAGACAUGUUUAUAAGUAAUAUAGGAUAAAAAAGUAAGAUGACCUAUUUUUAAGUGGGUGUGUAAGGUGUGAAGCUUAUAGGUAGCAUUGCUCUAUUAUAAAAUAUGUUUUGCGAGUAUAGUACUCUUUUUUCUUUUAAUCCUACUCAACCUCUGCACACCAUGCAAAUAUUUUUUUAAAAGAAAAAAAACUGAAACGAUGCAUUCUAGAGGUCCAGAAAUUUGAAAAUCCAAAUUUCCCCCUCCCCCCCCUCCCAGCUCGUUCUUCUUCCGCAUUGCAAAUCCAAAUUUCCCCUCCACCCCUGCGUUCUCUCCACCCCAGCUCCUUCUUCUUCUUCACGGCUUCACCCCUCCUCCCGCAUUCUUGCUUCUGACAUCAUCGCCCGUCUUGUACUUCCACCGCCGUCUAGGACCGCCGACAAGGAUAUGGAGGUAAGCUCGGUGCAACAUCAUCAAGGGGAUGAAGAAGAAUUCGUUUUGCUUGAUCUCAACAGUGUUUCUGGGCAACUUGACAUCCCGUCAAAUGCACCAUAUGUUCUCUCUGGCCUGGACACAUUGAAUCCAGUAUUAAUUAUUGAUGACAAAUUGAAGUUGAUAGGUGAAUAUGAAGAAACAAUUGGCACAUGCUUGGUUUUCACGGAAGAAGAUGCUACCUCAGUGGUUCACGAAGAGACAGGACCAUCCGAAGCAAACCUUUUCUCAGGAAAAUGUAUAAUAGAUCCGAAUGGAGCGCCAAGCAAGGGUGUAAAACCAGUGGCACGGCUUCAUAAGAUUCUGAAGUUUAGAUUGGCACCUGAUGCUGACAAUCAAUUUGCAACAUCUGAGCAGACUGAGCAAGUCUGAAGAAUUCUUGGGUUUCCCAAAUCCACCCAGAGUAUUGAACUGGGAACUGGAGCCGGUGCAUGAGCCUUAAUCUUUGGGCCUGAUUGGACAAGUUAAUAAGUUACGAUGCUACUGUGUUCUGUUUUUAAAAAUAGAGAAAAAACACGAGAUAUGGGUACUUCUUUGCACCAUCCUGAUUUUGGUAAUCUCUACCAAAUCUACAAUUAGGAUAUAACAACGAGCUACCCAUAUAGCAUUUCCUUGCAUUUUAGGCAAGUUUUGACUCA